AUGGCGAAGGGAAAGAAAUUCGACAAGAAGAGUGCGCAGCACUUCACCCUCGUCCACCGACCGCAAAAUGACCCCCUCAUCCACGACGAAAAUGCGCCCUCGAUGGUGCUCAACCCGGUGCCUCAGAAGGGUGGACCGUCGAAGAGCAAGCAUCUGAGCGACCUUGCGUCUGAGUUCGGAUCAGAAGCUGGAAGCAUACGCGCAAACGAAGGAGAGGCGGCAGAAUACGGCGUUUACUUUGAUGACACUGAGUACGACUACAUGCAGCAUCUGCGCGGCUUGAACUCGGGGGGUGGUGAGGCUGUCUGGGUCGAGGCCUCUGGUGCGGCAAACAAUGACAGGAAGGGAAAGCAGGCGCAAUCACUUGAAGAUGCACUGCGCCAGAUGGAUCUGGAGCACAAGAGCGAAGAUCUGCUGGAUCCCUCAGUCCUCCCCAACAGAAACCUGCCACGAACCAACUACGAGACACAGGUGGAUAUCCCCGAUGCCAUCGCUGGUUUUCAGCCCGAUAUGGACCCCCGCUUGAGGGAAGUGUUGGAGGCAUUGGAGGACGACGCAUAUGUGGAUGACGACGACGAUAUUUUCAAAGAGCUCUCCAAGGACUCACGUGAAGUCGAUCAGUACGAAUUCGAGGAUCAAUACGGCUACGACGACGAAGAUGAGGGCUGGGAAUCAGACGACACCGCAAAGCCGAACAAGGAGUACAAGGACGGAGCAGUGCCGCAGCUGGUCCCUGUUGAGGGGGAGGCAUUACCAGAACACCAGAACGAAGACUGGAUGGAGGACUUUAAGCAGUUCAAGAAAGACCAAAAGGGCGGCAAGGUCCAGCCGGCCAAAGACACGCCGUCCGAGUUGCAGUCCUCCAUUUGGACCACGACAACGAUGGGUGGCCAGAAGAAGAAGAGAAAGGGUGCAUUGACCAACCCCUCUGCCUUCUCCAUGACCUCGUCAGCCAUGGUCAGGACGGAGCAACUCACCCUUCUGGAUGCCAGAUUCGACAAGAUUGAGGAGGAGUACACAAAUGAGAUGGGCGACGAUAUGGCAUCUGUCUCAGAAGUAUCAACGGCAACCAGUGUGACCGGACCCACCAGAGGCGACUUUGACAGUAUCAUGGAUGAUUUCCUGGGCAGCUACACCAAGCCUGGAAAACGCACAAACAAGAAGAACCGGCCGCAGACUGGUCUUGAGCAACUGGACGAGAUCAGGCAGGGUCUUGGCCCAGCUCGGUUCCGUUCACUAAACACCAAGAGGGUUUAG